AUGACUGCCGAGGAGUGUCGUGCCUUCAAAGCAGUCGUAAAAGAACAGCUUCAGCAGGAGGGCAUCCAAACUUAUGACUUUCCACUGUCUGCCCUCAACGCAGAGAAGGCGAGGAGCGCUGACGAUCACAACACCUCUCUGAGCGAGAUCAAAACCCUUCGGCUGAGGCAACCGUUUGCUGUGUGUACAGGCACCCAGGAGAUUCAGAAGGAGGACGGUACUAAGGCCACCACCGUCUUUGUGGCUAACGUGGACAUCCAGGAAAGUCAGCUGGUUGUUUUCUUCUUCCUCCAUCGUAAAUUGAAUGUCUGGAAAGACGGUUUUUAG